AUGAAGAAGAAGUUGGUCAUUGAUCUGGACACAGGGGUGGAUGAUGCUGAGGCAAUUAUGAUGGCCCUUAGCGACCCUAAUGUGGAGAUUUUGGGGAUCACCUGCUGCCAUGGCAACACAUCACUGGAGAACGUCCUCAAGAACACUCUUCGAGUCUUGAAAGUGUGCAACAGGCUGGAUAUCCCUGUGUAUCGUGGCUGCUCACACCCUCUGCUGGCCCGUCAAAAACAUGCUGGAGAUUACCACGGGAAAGAUGGACUUGGCGAUGUGCCCGAUCCAGACGCUCCAGGUCUGGAGCUGCUGCAGAAGGAGAAAGCUGUGCACGCCUUGAUUAGGAUGGUCAAACAGAACCCUGGAGAAGUGACUCUGGUGGCCACGGCCCCCCUCACUAACCUGGCGGUCGCAGUGCAACUGGCUCCUUCCUUUCCUAAGAAACUGAAGGCACUCUAUAUCAUGGGAGGCAACACUGAAUCCAGAGGUAACACCACAGUGUGUGGAGAGUUUAACUUUGUGGCUGACCCCGAAGCUGCCUACAUUGUGUUGGACCGCUACACCUGCCCCACCUACAUCGCCACCUGGGAAUUCAGUUGCAGGAUGAGCCUGCCGUGGUCUUUCUGUGACGAGUGGCUCGCCCAACAAACUGAGAAGGCGGCCUUUAUGAAAAAGAUUACUUCCCUCUCUAUGACGAAAGCUAAGUCAGCAGAAUAUCAAAAGGAGAUCACAGCAGGCAAAGGGUUCAAUUCCUGCGACUGCUACGCCAUGGCUGCUGCCCUCGAUGACACACUCAUAACAGACAGUGAAGAGGUUGCGGUGACCGUGGAGUUGGAAGGGACCUACACCAGAGGCAUGAUGGUGCUGGACUACAUGGAGCUGCUGAAAAAGAAACACAAGGCAUUCAUCAUGAAAAAAGUUGACUUGGAGAAAUUCAAGGAAAUGCUGAUGAAUGCACUGAAGUAG